GAGUGAGAGUGAAAGAGAAAAAGAGAGAGAGAGAGAGAAACGAGUUUCUGAGCCGAACAUAGUGCGCGCAAGCUUGCGGAGAAUAGUCCUGGUGGACGCCUGAGGGGGAAGAUCGACGUGGGAGCUUUCAGUGCCGGAGCUUGCGGAGACGCGCUACCAACUCGAGAAGAACUCUAUCGUGGAGGUUUUUCGACCGUUCAGCGUGCUGCCGGAACUUCCGGAUUAGCUCGUGCCGACGAGUCGCAAGGAAACGGAUGAGCUUGACAGUCCUGGAUGUGUCGCGGGAGAAAAAUCGCGCGAUGCUUGCGUAAGCAGUUGCGUACGUCGAUAAGAUAGUUUCGUAUUUGUGCUCCGGCAAUUGCCAAGAAGAGCUACCGAGAGGAGAAAAGAGUCCGGGACCAUACGAAGGCAGACGCUGCGUGAGAAGCGAAGCGUGAUACUCGAUUGAAAGAUUGCGGGUGUGCUGAUUGAAUUGUUCAAUGAACAAAACUCGCCCGGCAUCAUCGGGUCUUCGAGCGAACGUCUGUUUUUGUUCUCACGCGAUCAAGCACGGCGGAGCUUUCAAAAAGUACGCCGAAAAGCUGCGGACGCUCUUCUUUCGUUGAUCGUUUGAUGUUUACUCGUAAGCGUUUUUCCCUCUAUAUUUUAUAUAAGCGACUUCGGCGAAGCUUCAUCUAUCCGAAUUCCAACUUUACGGAUGUGACCGAGUUUACGAUUGUGUGCUCGAAUAAGAGUGAAGACGGGCUUUACGGAAACAAGAAACAGAAUUCUUCUCGUCCAGUUGGCAUUUACACGAUGGCACUUUAAAAGAAACUUGUAAACUGCUUGUAACAUUCUGUGAAAAGCUCCAUCUUUACCUGCUACGAAGUGUAUAAGAGAAAUAUUUUACAAAAUCUCUAUAAUGUUCUCGCAUAAAUUUCUAGACUCAUUUUCCUAAUUGUGAUCAUUUUCAGCCAUUAAAAUACUUUUUCUCGUUAUCAUUAAAAGAUAGCGUUUUGUUGCUUGUUAUGUGAAUUGAUGACGAUUGGAUCCGGCUCGAUAGAAACACGUAUUUGAGUCUUGUCAACGAGCAAUGUCAUCGAUAGCCGUUUCUACGAGGAGUGCACUCGUAUCUGUGUAUAGACUCGACGGAGAGCUCGAAAACUAGAGAAUGUAGUGUCCUGCUUGCUGGCGGGAGUUCAAGCUCAGGCUUUUGCGGCGGCCAACCGAACCGAAACAGGUGGAAGAUCUCCGGCGCGAUACUCUGAAGAGUACCACGAAGAGCUAUCGCGUGACUAUCGAUGAUGGUGAAAGGCACGUUGCCAGAACGCGGUUGGUUGGCCCGGCGCGCAUCUUCGCUCGGAUCGUGCUCUUCUGCGUGCCGGUCAUCAGUUCGUUAAGCUCGAUAUUUUUUUGGAGAGAUCGAGCUGGAGGAAGAGAGAAGGAAAUUCUAAUUGAGGAAUGCUAAACGUGAAAUGACGUUUUUUGGGAUCGUUCUCGAGCUUAGGCCGUCGACGCCGAUGUCAUCAUCAUUGUCGUUGUCAUCGUCGUCGUCGUCGCCGCCGUCAUCAUCGUCGUCGCGACGUUGGAGGGGCAAAUGUUAUUUGGCUAGUUAGUUACAUCUCUCCGAUGCGAUUUUAUAACGAAUGCAGCGAGACGCGUUGGGACUCGAUAAGAAUCUGUUUCGACAUUUGCAUUUUGAAAAGCAGGAGUGACGACAAAAGAUCUUUGCGUAAACCGAAUUUAUUUUCCCGCAAGGGAAAGGUUUGUUGAAAAGAUAAGUAUACGCAGCUGGGUGAGGCGAGUAGAAAAAUAAAUAAAUUCGUAGAUAAAAAUAAACGAAAUAAGUAGAAGACGGAAGUAGAAGAGCUACCGAUAGUAAAGAAGACAUAGUAAGUAGAUCUUGGACUUAAAAACUAAGAUCUGAUUAAAGGAACGUUAUAGAGAAGCCGAGAACUUGAAUUAAAUAUAGAAAUUAGCAAUGUGAUCGUUCUUUGAGAGAAAUCUAGGCCAGAGUAUAGUCGCACUACUCGAUCGCGCGAUGGGUUUGAAGAAGCAUAAAUCAAACAAAUGUCAGUUCGAACUGACCUAACAAGAACCGUGGUAAAAAGUAGCAUAUUUUGCGCGACAAAUCGGAGGAAAAAGUCUUUAAAUUCAAAAGAUUUAUUGAAUCUUUAUGUAAAAGAAAUCUGGAGGGUUGCCAGUUGCAAAUAUGAAGAGAUCGGUUCAUAGUUCAUUGCAAGAAAACUAAUUGAAGUAAUCGUCGAGAUAGCCACGAAUGUUUGAAUGACGAGUAGUGCCACAAAUUUCAGUUCGUAAAUAUUCAAAUUGGCAAAAAAAAAAAAAAAACACCGCUUUACAGGAUUCAAAGAUCUUAUCCAUCGUCAAAGCUAUCUACCGUAAGUGAUUGAUACGAACCGGAUCAUCGAUGUUGGACUUAUUACAUAUACAGAUCUAGAUUGCAAAGGUUUGUACAGAGAAUCGAUUUGACGUGUCAGGAGUGGAGUUGCCAACGCUUCGGGUACGGUCAACGCUGGCUCUCCCGCUACCCUGAAGGAAGAUUCCACCUUCAAGUAUGGCCUCGGUGGCAGCGUGGCUGCCAUUCGCCCGUGCGGCGGCGAUCGGUUGGGUACCGAUCGCCACACACCCACUGCCACCGCCACCGAUCCCGAAAGACCGACGUAAGGCCGACGACGAGAAGCUGCUGAUCAACGUGAGCGGCCGUCGCUUCGAGACGUGGCGCAACACCCUGGAGAAAUAUCCGGAUACGCUACUCGGUUCGAACGAGCGCGAAUUCUUCUACGACGAGGAGAGCAAGGAGUACUUUUUCGACCGGGACCCAGACAUCUUCCGGCACAUUCUCAAUUAUUAUCGAACCGGCAAGCUGCAUUAUCCGAAGCACGAGUGCCUGACGAGCUACGAUGAGGAACUCGCGUUCUUCGGUAUCUUGCCGGAUGUGAUUGGCGAUUGUUGUUACGAGGACUACAGGGAUCGCAAACGCGAGAACGCCGAACGGCUGAUGGACGAUAAGUUGAGCGAGAACGGUGAUCAGAACCUCCAGCAGCUGCUCGACAUUCGGCAGAAGAUGUGGCGGGCCUUCCAGAAUCCGCACAUCUCCACCGCGGCGUUGGUAUUCUACUACGUCACCGGAUUUUUCAUCGCCGUGAGCGUGCUUGCGAACGUGGUGGAAACUGUGCCGUGUGGCAAUCGUCCGGGCCGCGCGGGCACCCUCUCGUGCGGCGAGCGUUACAAGAUAGUAUUCUUCUGCCUGGACACAGCGUGCGUGAUGAUUUUCACGGCCGAAUACCUGCUCAGGCUGUUCGCCGCACCUAGCCGAUGCAAAUUCGCGCGCUCCGUGAUGUCGAUAAUUGAUGUGGUCGCGAUACUGCCGUAUUACAUCGGACUCGGAAUCACCGAUAACGAUGACGUGUCGGGCGCGUUCGUGACGCUACGCGUGUUCCGCGUGUUUCGUAUCUUCAAAUUUUCACGCCACUCGCAGGGAUUACGUAUUUUGGGUUACACUCUAAAGUCCUGCGCUUCCGAGCUGGGUUUUCUCGUGUUCUCGCUCGCGAUGGCCAUCAUUAUCUUCGCCACCGUCAUGUUCUACGCGGAGAAAAACGUCGACGGUACCAACUUCACCUCGAUACCUUCCGCCUUCUGGUACACCAUCGUAACGAUGACUACGCUGGGCUACGGUGACAUGGUUCCGAAAACGAUUGCGGGAAAAAUCGUCGGGGGUGUAUGCUCCUUGAGCGGUGUCCUAGUGAUCGCUUUACCGGUACCUGUUAUCGUCAGUAAUUUUAGCAGAAUAUAUCAUCAAAACCAACGUGCUGAUAAACGGAAGGCACAAAGGAAAGCUAGAUUGGCACGUAUCAGAAUCGCGAAGGCGUCGAGCGGUGCCGCUUUCGUAAGCAAAAAGAAGGCAGCGGAGGCUCGUUUAGCCGCUCAGGAGAGUGGGCUGCAGUUGGAGGAGUUCUACAAAGAGGAGGAUAUCUUCGAGCUGCAACAUCAUCACCUACUUCGUUGCUUGGAGAAGACCACGGACCGCGAAUUCGUGGAGAUGGAGGUGCCGUACAACGGCGCUCCGAAGAGACCGGGCUCGCCAUCGCCCCUGACCUCCCCCGCGCACAGCACUGCCUCCAGGGGCGGCCUGCUGCAGUCCUGCUGCGGGCGCUGCUACCCCCAACGUUACCAGCAGGCGUACAGUCAGUACAUCCCGGCUACAAGGGCCCAAGUAUCCGGGGCCCAGGGCGGGCAGACGGGGGUCGCCAUGGAUGGCACUUACCUCGUUGAGGCCUCGUUUUGAAAAGUCCCCUCGCGCACUGUAAACGACAUUAAAUCCGAACCAGAUCGAACAGAGAAAAACAAUAGCGAAUAAAAAAAAAGUAAUAAAUGAAAAUUACGACACUACCGUGUCACACAACGCAUGAGCGAUUACAGUCGAGAAAUGCAUUAGAGGAUGCAUGGCAUCGACACAAAGUUAAUAUGUGUAACGCGCUAGAAAUCCGGAGCUUUACGAACGAGAGCUGAAACACGCUCGUUUAUCGACGUAAAGCAGAUGCAUUUAGAAUAACCGAACUGAAGGUAAAAGAUUUAUGUAUAUAAAUACAUUUUUCUCUCCAACAAAGAGAAGGGAGAGAGAACGAGAAACAGAGAAACCGGUGGAUACAUACGUAUAAAUAAUCGGGCAACAAAUUCAAAGGGAGAGAGAGCGAGAACGAGAGAGAGAGAGAGAGAGAGAGAGAAAAUCACAGUAUAAAAGAGAUAUAUAUUAUAUAUAUAGAGCAAAAAUAAUACGUAUAUCUAUAUAGACUCGCCAAUCGUUCGCGCGACCUAAGAAAAUUACCAAAAAAAAAAAACCCACAAACAACA